AUGAUGCGUUUUGUCAACGACUCUAACAAAAUGGAAAAAGAGCGGAACAUGGAGUUCUCUCACAUCGUUCUCCUCACUGUUGAGAUUGCUCUAAGCAUGUACGGAUACUAUUCCAUGAAUUCAACGCUUAUCAAUUCCGUCGUUGAGGCAUUCUACAUCAUCUGGAUUUUCAACCUCUUGGCCGCCUCUUUGUUCAGUAUCAUCGCCAACCCACUUCUCUUCUCCAUCUAUCGUGUUGGCUUCAGAAUGAUUCAUCUCGCUGCUGUCGUUUACAUUUUCUGCUGGUAUGGCUACAUGGCAGUCUCCGCGUAUGUCCUGGUCUUCUGCAUUGCGGAUUUUGUCUAUCUUGUCAAUGGAGUGUCGAAUGAACAGAUGACUUUUUCCGGAAGAUGGAUAGUCAGGACCACUAAAAAAUGGCGACUUUCUUUCGAGGAGACAAAUGUUGAAUACGCUCGUUUUGGUGCUCUCACCUCCGAUGAGGAUGAACCGUUGUUCAGAAAGGAUGACAUGGAGAUUGACAAUUCUUCCGAUUACAUCAUUGCCAACGACGAUGACAUCAUCUUUCCAUACCCUCCCCUGAAAUUUCGUAAUGCUGACAUUGUUUGA